GAUCAAACAGUGCAUCAUCUCUGCUUCAGCAGACAAGCCUUCAUCCAGAUGUGGAAAUAGAGACCCUAGAUGGCUGUUGAUACGUUCCACUAGUCUGCUCAAUGCUAUAUUUCACUCUGGAUUCUGCUGCCAUCCCAAGUCUACAAUCUCUACUGUCAGUUUGCAGGUGGCAUGGAUAUCUUCCACACGGGUGAUUUCUUCUGGAUGUUGGCACUUGCAAUCCCAAUUCUGGUGGUUCUGUUGGUACUGUGUACUGAUUGCCGUGACUCUGAUUUAGACACACCUGCUAUUGAUGACUACCAAUACAAGCCUUCCACUAAUAUUCAUUCCCAGACUUUCCGAGUGUUGAGGCGUCCUCCCUCGCCACCUUGGUCUGCCAUCCAAUCCCAGCCAGAUUUGCAGAGCACAGGCUCUUAUAGCUUUUGUAGUCUGACACCUGCAUUCAUCAAAAUUGAGGAUAACGAAAGUGUUCCAAGUUAUGAAAAUGAAGAACCACUUUGCCCUACUGAUGAUGAUGAAAAUUAUGUUCCUGGAUACAUAGUGGUGUUGCCUGAUGUUCCAAUCACAGAACAGAGGAACAAAGAUCAUGCCUCUUCUGAGUCCAUAAUGGACCAAUAUGAAAAUGUGCCUGAGUCUCAACGGCAUUCACUUGGUGAAUAUGUGAACGUACUAGAGCCGGAACCGAUCGUACUAGAUCCUUGUUUUGUAGUUGGCACUAGUGAUCGGGAAAGUGAAGAUGAUGUUCCAGACUAUGAAAAUGUCUGUUUUGGACUUUGAGGUUGAAAAGAGGAUUUCAAAGGAUCAGUUUUGCAUUGGGGGAUCUAUUAAUCUUCGCAAAGGAUGGAUCACCAGCCAGGACACCUUCUCCUGAACAACUUCCAAUUUUGUCAUAUCCUAAGUUUUCUCCCUUGCACUUUGGAUGACGCAUCCUGAGAAUUUCUCCCAAUUAUCAGUAGCAGUAUUUUGAUGGACUUUUCCCAAAGCAAUUCAGUUUUGCUUUUAAGUUUGGUUGACUAAUAAAGAACCAAGAAUUUCACCAUCAUUUCUAUUUGAGAGAUAAUUGAUCCAGGGAAUGCAGAGAAGUCUGGAUUAGUCUAUUAGAUGAUAACAAAGAUCAAUGUGAUCAACUGAGCAAACGAGUCUUGGUGAUUAAGCGAUGUAGCAGAACAAGCCCUUAAACAUUAGUUGCAGUGGUGGGAUUCAAUUUUUUUUACUACCGGUUCUGUGGGCAUGGCUUGGUGGGCAUGGCAGGGGAAAGAUACUGUAAAAUCUCCAGUCAGAGGUGGUAUUUACGGUUCUCCGAACUGCUCAAAAUUUCCGCUACCGGUUCUCCACAACUGGUCAGAACCUGAUGAAUACCACCUAUGAUUAGUUGCAUUAAAAAUGAAGUAUUGUGUGCCAUUUUUUUCUCAGAGAGACAGUAGUGUUAUUAAAUAGGUAGAUGUGACAAUGAGACAUACAAUGUAUUUUAUAAUGUUUGCCUUAUUUGUAAAUACACAAAUAGCUGCAUCCUCUGGAUAGUAGUUCCAUAUAGCCCAGUAAUUGCGUACUGGGUAGGGCAUAGUUAAGCAUCAAUUUUCAUAUCUUUGCAACAUUCAAUAAUUGAACCUGUGUUUUUUUUCCAGGCAAUGGGAUUAUUGAAAGGAGAAGUAUACAUAGUUGGAUUUGUGUUUAGGUAAAGUUAUGCAUUCCUGAGCUAUGAUUCCAUUCCAGCAGCAGAUUUGAAAAACUUAAAUAAUUUGAUCUAGAGUUUGCAUAAAGCACAAAAUAAAGCUAGAAAAAGAAUGCCUUUUGAGAGACUAGGUCAUCAUAAUAAACUAUA